CUCUUAACACGACACUAUUGCCAGAGGGACCAGCUGGAGUCGUGGUACCCUCAGCGUGCAAAGCAGACGAUAACCUCUGUGCUGCAGCCCCGGAUGAGAACUAAGGAUAAUGACAGUAUUUAGUCUAGAAAAGCUACAUCUUACGGAAAAUUGUUACCAUUUGGGGCACAUCGUACAACCAGAGGGCAAAUGCAGACCAUUCUCCCUUUCAGCUCCACAGGCCAACGCAAUAAUGAAAUAGUCUCCAGUUUGCCGUUACAGAUGUCCCUGUAUUUCAACCUCUGGUUCUUCCCUUUCUGGUGGGCAAGCAGUAUUGCCAUGUUGCAGCUGAAGUAUUCAGUCUUACCAGAUUACUACAAAUUCAUCCUUGUGACAAGCAUUAUAUUAACAUCUUUAAUUGAGGUUAUACGUCUGUACCUUGGAUACAUGGGAAAUUUGCAGGAGAAGGUUCCUGAACUAGCUGGGUUUUGGCUCCUGAGUCUCCUUUUGCAAGUGCCCUUAAUUCUUUUCCUACUUUUAAAUGAAGGGUUAAAGAUUCAACCUUUGGAACGAGCAGUAAACAUUAUUUUUGUAGUGUUUCUUGUCUUCCAAGUUAUUACUGCCUUCCUUGCCCUCAAAAGAAUGGUGAACCAACUGGCAACUCGUUUCCAUCUUCAUGAAUUUGACCGGCUAGAUGCUCCUCUUCCCUCUGAUGACUUAGCCCGGCAGACGAGGAGACUGGAAGCUCUAGGGACUAUAGGACCACAAGUGGAAGAAUUUCGUUCAAGCAGUGGUGUUUGGGGGUCUGCAGUGAGAACUUGACCAGAUCCAGAGCAACCACUCAUUGAAGCUCCUCUGCUUGUUGCCGUAACUAUGUGUUUUAGAGAACUUGAUUUAGAAAUUCAUCUUGUUCUGGAUAGUACAAGCUAAGAGGAGUGUUACCGACAAAAUAUUUACAGUGAUUCUGAUGCAGUAGGAAGUGUUAGGGGAAAAUGUCAUUGGUUGUAUGUUUGCCCAUGUUUUGGCAGUAUGAUUCUUGAACAGAUUAGUCUUCCACCCAUUCCUGCUUGUGUUAUCUAUUUUAUGGAAUCCAUAUUGAUAUGGCCUUCAUCUGUUAUCUUUCAACAUGUAUUCAUAUCCAGAUGUUUUUCAGUGGAGAAAAAGAUACUUUGUUUGAAUCAGCAUUCAGAUUUCACAGUACUUUAUGGACACCUGGAAUGUGAUUAAGGGUUUCUA